GUUCAAGCAGAGAUGGUGGUGCCAGGAACAAAACGCUAUUUGUCACGCAUUGCCGUGCAGCCUCGUGUUUAUAGCCAUUUUCUAUCUGCUCCUGCUGGCACUGAAUCAAUUGGGUAUGGCAUCAAUGAAUCCGCUCAACAUAUCGAUUACUUUGACAGAAUUGGGCUCUUUAGCAAAAGCUUCACCCAGAGUAUCUGGUUGUCUUUUGGAGCAAUGCGCUGGUUGCUGCUGGUGGCGAUUGGUCUUGGUGCAGGGCUGGUGGCUGUGGCUGUGGAGCUGUCCCUCCACUAUUUGUUGGAGGAGAAGAUCAAACUGAUUGACUUCGUGGGCAGAAGCACCGACUCCAUUGGGGCACAAUAUCUAGCUGACAUCGGCUUUUGCCUUUGCUCUGCUGCCAUAGCGGGGAUCCUCGUGUGCUUCGUAGAGGUCCUUGCAGCAGGGAGUGGAAUUCCCGAGAUCAAAUGUUUCUUGAAUGGAAUCCAUUUGCCAAAGCUGGUGUCACCAAAGACUCUUUUUGCCAAAGCUGUAGGCAUUGUGUUUUCCGUGGUUGCAGGCUUGCCGUGUGGCAAGGAAGGGCCAAUGAUUCACAGUGGCGCUAUUGUUGGUGCAAUGGCAACGUUCUUCAACCUGGAACGCCGCUUGCGCCCGCUGAACUUGGAUGUGGAGGCGCGCGACUUUGUGGCGGCUGGAGCAGCGGCUGGUGUCAGCGCGGCCUUUGGAGCACCCAUUGGAGCAGUUCUGUUUGCUGUGGAGGAGGGUGCCUCCCACAUGACACCCAGGAUCCUGACGCAACUCUUUGUCUCCAGUUCAGUGGCAACUUUGGUCACAAGGCUGACCCUCGGACCAAUCAUCAGCAACCAUCCUUGGACUUUGUUGGGCACUGGGGUGCCAGUCAGCUUUGGCAGAUUCACUGAGGUUUCGUAUAACAUUGUGGAGAUGUUUAUAUUUGCCCUCAUUGGCAUCCUUUGUGGUUUGCUCGGCGCUCUCUUCAACCACAUGAAUGGACUGCUCAGUAGGUGGCGUAAACGUCGCAUCGGCCCAACUGGCUGCAAGCGCUUUCUGGAGGUCCUUUGCGUGACAUUCAUCAUUGCCUCCUUAAAGUUCUGGGUGCCUGCGGUGUUCCUGGCCAUCAAAGGUCAAGGCUGGCAACCGAUGAUCUUCGACGAGCUGUCUGAAACGCAGCAGCUGUGGCUUGAGGGAGGGCAAAAAUCCAUCAGGGAUCUAUUUCACAACGAUGUAGACAAAGCAUUUGACGAAUAUGGCCUCCUGAUCCUCUUUGCCCUGUUCAAUCUAAUGACCACAUGCUGGACGUUUGGGCUGGGAGUUCCUGCAGGGCUAUUUGUGCCUUCAUUGCUGAGUGGAGCUGUCAUUGGCCGCUUUGUGGGAGAAGUACUUCAUCUCCUCCACUCCCAGACCACCACCUCGACAACCACCGUCGCCAUGGCCACCGGUACUGCGACACUUGCCGUGGGUGGACCUGCUCAUCCUGGAAUCUAUGCCUUGGUAGGAGCAUGUGCUAUGCUGGCCGGAGUUGGGAGGAUAACAAUUUCUUUGGCGAUGAUUUUGACAGAAGCAACUGGCACAGGCAUUUUUGGACUUCCCAUCUUCAUGGUCGUGGUGAUUGCAACCUGGGUAGGCGACGUGUUUACUCGUGGGAUCUACGAUCUUCACAUCAUCGAGCUCAAACAGAUCCCGCUCCUGGAGCAGUCUCCUGCGGACGUCAUGGUUCGCUACGCAGUGAAGGACAUCAUGGCCAGUGAGGUGGUGUGCCUGCAAGCAGUUGAGAAGGUCCAACGGAUUGUGGAUAUUUUGGGCUCAUGCCACCACAAUGGCUUUCCUGUGCUGGAGAAUGGCACCAAGAAGAUGGAGGGGUUGAUCGAGCGUGGCUUCUUGCAUUUGCUGUUGGCCAGAGGCCACUACUACGGGAUGUUCCAGGAUGAUCCCGAUGCUCCCCUUGGUUCUUUGGUGCCUUUCGAGGCCAUUGCCUGGCCGAACAUCCACUCCUAUCCAGACCUGAAGACGCUUCGGAAGAAGUUGAGUGCUCCAGACAGGCAAAAAUAUAUGGACUUGCGCCCGUAUGCGAGCUGCAAUGGCUACAGCAUUUUGCCACAGGCUUCAAUGGCAAGCGCUUUCAUGCUGUUUCGGCAAAUGGGCCUACGACAUUUGCCUGUGGUGGACUCUGAUGGUGACCUCUGUGGAAUCAUAACACGAAAGGACUUGAUCCUUAUGGAGGAAGAUGAGCACGGUGAGAUGGUUCAGAGGUCACAGCCGAAGCUUUCCCCGGACACCGGCUGGUCAUUACGGAAGUCCGAGAUGUACUACGAUGGAUCGGCCUCGGAGUUGGUGCUAGACAGUGCUGCUGCGAGCGCGCUGGAUAGUGAGGAUACCGAGUUGUCUGAGGAGCUGAGCAUGCCGGCAGUCGUGGUGGAGCCAAACGAUGGUGCCCCGCAAAGCUCAGAUUCAGACGCCACUGACAAAGACUUCGAAGUGCAAAGUCACGGCGGCAUGGGUGGGAUGGGAGCUUGAUUCCGAGUGCUUUUGCAGCCUUGUGUAGUAGCGCGGCGAAUGCCAGGAUCCAACACUGGAAGCCAAGU